UAUAUUUUUUUGGCUUGGACCGGGCCGAGAUUCCGGGCUUCCGCGUUCACCGGCGACGGCGUCCUGGCCGGCGACGGCCACCACCCUCAGCCUCAGGGACGCCAUGGGGCACCUCCGUCCGCUUGUACCACCUUCGUUUCCGAAUCCCUCGCACUAGGUCAACCGCCCUGCCUCUGGCCCCCACCUGUCCACCCGCCGCUUCUCAACCCCACAGCCAAAGCUCCGCCGCCUCGCCGGCCACCGCGGCCGUCCGUCCACUACGGCAUCCUGAGGGCGCCGAGCCGCCGAGGCGCUCCGCCGCGAGUGCGCUGUUUGUUGAGCACAGGGGCAUUAUGGGAUGGGAUGGUGACCACCGGCCAUUCCAGGCAGUCAGGCACCACUGGUUCUUGGAUGCGUCAGCCAUGGCGCAAGAUCUUUCUUCCUCGGCAGUGUGGCCGGGUCCUCGUCGAAGAAUCUCGCGGGAUCCUUCCGCCGUUCUUUAUCAGCUGAACCUGCAACGCGAGUGAAGGUGUAGAAGGAAUCCCAAACUGGAGAAAUGCACCUUCUUCUUCUUCUUCAAUGAGGGGAGUUGUGAAAAGCUCUUCAACUAUACACUUUGCUGAAGAUCAGUGCGUUCAUCGGUUGCGUGCUUUAUGUUUCUCACUACUAGAUUGCUCUCAGAUCAUUAUUUCGACAGAAAACGGCCAUGUCGUGUCGAUAUAUGCUCAAUUGCUCACAUGGACGAAGGGAAUGCACCUGCAAUCAGGAUAUGUGGUUGAGCAAAAGAGCCUGCUAUCAUGGAAAACACCUGCAAGAGGAUCUCCAACACCCCCAACUCCAUGCCAGUGCUCCAAGGAUGGGCAGACCUCCCAGAUGACCUACUGCAGUGUGUCCUUGCUCUGUUGAGUUCACCCAGUGACCUUGCUGCCUUCAUUGCCACCUGCCCCAAUUGGCAUGCUGCCUUCAGGUCUGCAAAAUCUACCUUACGCACCACCCUCUUCCGUCCUCUUGCCAUCCGCAGCUGCGCUUCCUCUGGCGAUGAUCCAGUAGUAUGGGAGCUCUUUGAUCCAGCCAAGCCAACCAUCUGCAUACACCGCGUGACUCCGCCAGAUUUUCUGGCGGGGAUGGAUUAUGAAUGCUGUUCUUAUGGCCAUGCCAUCUUCUCUGGCAAUGCCCCCUCGCUGAAGGACACAACCUUCGCCAUCGUCGACGUGUUCACCGGCACUAGUGUUUCACCUCCACCCUGCCCAUUCUUUACUUUUGUCAACUCUUGUGCCCUCACAGCUCCCCUUGAUUAUCACAACUCGCAUUUCCUUGUCGAGGCCAAGCACUCCCUGUUCGCAUGGCGAGUUGGAAGCGACCAUUGGUCGCAGUGCAGUUGCCCGCCCAAUUCUAAAGCUCUUGAGCAGUUUGUGCCCUUCAAAGGCCAGCUCUAUGCCCUCGAGUAUCAGCAGCUUUACACCGUCAAGCUGGAACCCCAGCUCAGCCUGGAAGAAGUACAAGUUGUCUGGAGCGUCGAGAUGUCGGAGCCUGACCUCUGCGAGCCAUCGCUGGUGGUGUGUGAUGACAUGCUCAUCCUGCUCGCCGCCUCCAUCGGCGAGGCCUUCUGCCUUGACCUGUCAUCCCAGCCUGCAAUGUGGGUGAAGAUGGAAGAGGAAGAGUUGAAGGAAUGGGCCUUCUUCUUCGAUGAGAAGAGGGAGGCUUUCAGGCCACGGCCACCAUUGUCUUGCAAGAACCCACAGAGAUGGGGAGGGAUCGGCUAUGAUUCAUACUGUGUGUCAUCCUUGGCGCCAAAUCAAGGCAAUCGCAGAGGGUUGCUGCCCAACUGGGUGAAGCCCAGGAUGCUACUCUCUUGCGAUCAUUAGCUGCUACAAGGAAGCUUUGUUUGGGUUUAUCUUCUGCUGAAAUUCUCUCCUCAAGUGCUGCAGAGCAGAAGGGCUUUUGCAACUCAAGCUACUAUAUCUAUGAUGGCAUCUGAAUUCUGAACAGGCUGCAAGGGAUGGCUUGCAGGAUGUUUAUGUUUUUGGUGAACUGCCAUGUUCGUUUUAAUUAUCGUCUGUUAGAAAUAAUAGUAAUGGUUGUUUUGUUAUUUGGGUUAGUUUUCUGGAGGCAAACUGUUGUGCCUGUUACUCUGAAUGUCUGAACCUUGUUUUAUCUCUCUACAAGAAAUAAUAUUUACCUUGUUGUGAAGGGGAAAAAUGGUAUUGCAUCC